AUGCCGCUGGCCAAAAUGGAUAGUAUUUUUAAGUAUGCCAACUUCUUUUACUCGGUCGUUGGCAUUGAGCCCUAUACGAAAACGUCGCGUUCGAGUGUCGCCAGCCACUCGAUCAGUCCUGUGUUUUUAGGCAACAUAAUCACCCUCAGUGUCAAUAUGUUUGGCGAGAUGGGUUUUGUGCUGGUUGCCUUUGCCACCGGAGAGCACAUUUUGGAGGCUAUUAUGGACUUGUCGUAUAUUGGUUUCGUUUUCGUGGGCAUAAUUAAAAUAAUGUCUAUAUGGCAAAAGAAACCGGCGCUCAGCCACAUUAUAUGGGAGUUGGAGAAAUUGUUUCCAUGUGACAAGGCGGCUCAAUCGGCUUACAAUUUGGACAAAUAUUUAAAUUCCUGUUUGCGCAUCAGCUUCAUCUUUUCCAUACUAUAUACCGUGCUCACUUGGACAUAUAAUUUAUUUGAUAUUACGGAAUAUUGCGUAUACGAUUUGUGGCUCGGUAUCCGCGAAGUGCCACACCGGCUGCCCUAUCCAGUUUAUAUCCCGUGGCACUGGCAGGAGCAUUGGAGUUAUUAUGUGAUGCUCAUUUAUCAGGACUUUGCUGCAUGCGUGGCGGCAGCAGGUCAGGUAGCGACAGACUUGUUGAUCUGUGCUCUUACCACUUUGAUCGUCAUGCACUUUGAUUAUUUGGCCAGGACGAUUGAGAAGCAGGUGCUGAGCGGUGAUUGGUCAAAGGACUCGCGCGUGCUCUUGGAUGUGGUUCAGUAUCAUGAGCGCCUGCUGCUUCUCUCUAAUCAACUCAAUGAGGUCUUUGGUGUGCCCUUGCUUAUGAACUUGCUCAUCUCAUCGUUUGUUAUUUGCUUCGUGGGAUUUCAGAUGACACCGACGCGAGCCUUUAGUAUUUCCGUGGCAGCCUAUAAUCAGAAUUGGAACUAUGCGGAUGUGCGAUAUCGCAGAUCAUUGAUUUUAAUCAUAGCGCGAUCUCAAAAUCCAGUUUAUCUCAAGGCAACGGUUCUUAUGACUAUCACCAGAGCCACCAUGACGGAACUGCUGCAAUUAUCGUACAAGUUUUUUGCGCUACUUCGCACCAUGUAUGCCGGAUAG